AGGUAUUAGUUUUAGUAUCAAGUUUGUUGCUGGUAUUAUGUAAUUUGAACAUGAGUCAAGAACACACAUUAACUUUGAUUGGAAAAUAUUCUUGUUUUUUUUAAAAAUAAACUUGUUUUCUAAUUUCUAAUAUUGGUUAAUGUCAUGGCUUCAAAACCGAGGGGUUUGGGUUCGAAUCUCUCUGAAGACUUGGUUUUUAAAUUUUAAUAUUUUCAGGACAUCCCUGAGUCUAUCCUACUCUAAUGAUUACCUGUUUUAGAAAGUAAAGUCGGUUGAUCAUUGUGCUGGCCACAUGACACACUCAUUAACCAUUGGUUAUAGAAACAGAUGACAAAAACAUAUGCCCUGUAGAUUGCAAGGUCUAAAAGGGAUAACUUUUGUUUUCUCUUUUUUAAAAUUUGCUCUUUUUUUUUAAGUGGAUGACUUAACUUGGUUAAUAAAAAGAGUUAACACCCAGUGAAUGACUUAAGCUCUUAGUGUAAUAAGUGUCUUUUUUAGAGUUUCCCACGCAUGGAAAAGUUUCAUUUUGUAAACUGUUUCUUUUAGAAAGAGCUAGUUUGUCAGAUAAGGUGAGCACUAUUAACAGAGAGAUAACUUUGAGCAGUGAUGCAUUGAGAGGGAGAAAUUUGAAGAGACAAAGAGGGAGUGAGAGGUAGAUUGGGAUAGACAGAAGAAGAAAAAAUCUGGGAUGGGAAAGAGCGAAGUAGAACUGUACUACACAUUUCCUGUUUGAUAAAAGGCUAGUGACCAUAGAUGAACAGGAUACCUACAUCAUGGGUUGGCCAUUGAAGUGUUGUCAUGUCAUGGCUGAGACCAUAAGUACUUCAGUCCACAUGUCUCUGAUUACAUGGAUUUAGUUGUUAUUUUCAAGCUUGGUAAACAAGAUGCCUAUGAAAGACAUCAGGGCGUAAUGGGCUGGCAGAGUUUUAGUUCCGAUGUCUCCAACCACACCUCGGCUUCCAGUGCAAGUUUGGAGCUACUGCUGAAUGAGAGACAACUGGACCCUGAAAUUAUGCUGGCCAGUUUAGGCUUUGGUCUGGAGACUGAAGGCUUUGUGCCAUCUUUGGCUAGAAUACCCGAAAGAUUUCUUCGCCAGCCAAGCAAAGCCACAGGGAUCAGUCUUCCUGGGGUGGGGGAAGAUGUUGGAGCGGAUAUUUUUGAGGAGGCCCCCCAGGCUACCCUCUCUGGCCCCACUUCAUCUGAGUCAGCCCCCAUUCCUAUCCCAGCAGCACCGAGGAAAAGACCAGGAAUAAGCACUCUGGUAAAGACACUUUCCAUGAUACGAAUGAAGACCUCCUUUGCUCGAGCUGGACACAUGAGUCCCUCCCGUACCCCGCCACUUGCACAUCAACCGUCCAGUAUUUUACUCCCCAUUAAUCAGAAAUAUCUUGCCAGCAAAGGUUACUACAGGCAACAGGGUUGGCCAAGGGGAACAUUUGAAGAAGCAGAGGAGGAAACUCAGAAAGAGAAUAUGGAGACUAAAGAUGCAGCCACCAAGAGGAAACAUUUUCAGAGGAUGAAAACCAACCGUCAGUGGAGCUUGUGUGAGUCAGGGGACCAUUUUGAGGAGAGCCCCUCCAAGGAGAGUGGAUGGCAGUCUCAAUCCCUGGAUGACUCACUCAGCUUGGAUAGCACACAUGAGCGCCACGACUCUCUGGGCACUAGGUUCAGCACAAACACAGAAUCAUCGACAGACAGUCUGGACACACCAAACAUUGAAACAGAACGUGCUUUUGAGGAGAUUCGCAGACAGUAUAAUGAGAGUCUGGUCAGGAAAAGGUCAUCAACAGAUGACCUCUUUUUGCCUCCGAGACCAAAAGAUCGCUUGUCCAGUGAGGACAGGGAUACGGACAAUGAUUAUUUAAACACCAAUGAUAUUAGGAGCAAUAAUUAUUUCAUAUCCCCUGCCAGUUCCAGACAAGCCACGGUGGAGAAAGCUCCAACCAUCUCCAGGAGUAGUGUGAGUGACGAGACAGAAGACUCUCAAAAAAAUGAUGGUAACAACAAUCAAAGUGUUUUGUCUAAAUGUGAUAAAGGUUCUAAUAUUGGUGAAGACUUCAGCAGGUCUCAAUACAACGACAGCAGCACUGAUGUUCGCAUCAUUGUCUCCAGCUCAGACAACUUGUCUGGGAGACAUUCACCUUCUAAUGUGGGCUAUGACUUCCACUCAAGGACUUCUGGCAAGCUGAGUGUGAAAGCUGUUCAGAGGACAUCGUCUGAUUCUGGCUCCACCAGCAGCAGUGGUACGGCCAUCGGCAGUAGCAGUAUUGCCACCACCACUGACGACCUGGACACUCUGCGUUGUGUAGAGUCUGACCGGGACUCCCUAUCAGGGUCAGUCAGCCCCUACGGCUUUAGCCAGAAGCCUGUGUCCUCACACAGUUGCCAGACAUUAGAAGCAGACUUUAAGCUGGCGGCAACGUUAGCAGCUGCCAGGCCAUUAAGUAGUAAGAAGAAUGGAGCCUCUGAGACGAGGCAGAACACUCAGAUAAGAGCUUCCAGGUCUAGAGCUAGUGGAACCUUCACUGUCCUGGAAGACAGUCCCAGAGUACAACUAUCUGCUUUACCCACUUCAAUCAAUCCCUUGGAGCUGAUGAAGAAAUUACAAAAUUCACAAGAUGAACUUUCCCGUAUGGGCAGUGUCCAGUCUGACAGUAGUGGUUUUGGAGAUUUUGAUCCCACCUCUGAAACAGGACACCAAGAGUUUGGUAUGCUGAGAUCAAAUAAAGGAGAGAUAGCUACACAGACAUCACUGAACUCUUAUAGUAAACUUUCUGGCAGCAGACAUCAAGAAGAGAAAGACUCUGAGUCUCAGGUUGACUCCAAUACAAGAUAUGUCACAAUGUGCUACAUUCCAACCCUGGGAGCCAAACCUGCUGGUGUUUCUCAGACUGAUCACAAACACAGGGCUGUGCGCAGUGACCAUAGUUUGUAUCUCAGCAACAGGUCCUCUGACGCUGGUCGUCAUGAAAGGCUGACCUCAUCACGGCCAAGGGGAUUCAGUGCUACAAGUCAUCAUAUGGACUACGUUGAUUCUCCACAAAUCAGGAUGGGUGAGUCAAGGUCAGACUCCCCUAAGGUGUCCUCGGUUCAUUAUGUUCAAAAGAAUAAAACUUGGGACUUGAGAAGAAACGGGCUGCCCAGAUCACAGGACUCGACUCCAAUCACUCAGCGCAAGUUUACUUCUAACUUAGACUUGUACACAGAUGAAGCUGGUCUUCAUGCUAAGGACAGCAGAGAGGGCGCUUCCCAGCGAAGACAUUCCAAUGACAGCCUUCUCAAUGACACUCCCAUCUCCGUUGAAUUGGCUCAGGCCACUGGUGGUGCGGCCGUGAACAGCUCAACAUCAGUCACCAUGAGCUCCAGUAUAUUCACCCAGCCCAGCGGUAGCCCUAUAAUCACCAGCCACACUCCACUGGCUGGGAAUCUAAGUCGGAUCAGCGGGGAAGGCCAGUAUCCCCCGUCACAGUUUAAACCCUACAGAAGGAACUUCUCACAGCAGAGGUCAUGUGAUGUGCUUGAAGAUGAUUUCAGCAUCAGCGAUGGAGACCUCAGUCCUAGAAAAGGGUGGCUGGAUGGUCAGGACCAGUCUCACAUAGAGGAUUAUCACCGGCUAACCGGAUCGUUGCCCCCCUCCAGCUACGCCUAUUCCUUACCGCCCCUCUCUUUAUCCAGAAACUCCGAUGACUUUGAAACCUACUCAUCUGUUGAAAGCAACUCGGAUUACUCAAUACAGUCAUUUCCCGAGGGUCAUUCAAGAUCAGAGAUACUGGACUCACGCAGACUUGCUCAGCUCAUAAACCAACCCAUUUUCUACAAGGGGAAGAGACGAUCGAGUGGUCAUUAUCGACCCAGACGAUUGUUUAAAGAGUGGAGUCUGCUCAGCAAAAGGAAGAGACUUCAAGAAGAGAAUCGUCUUCUUCAAUAUGCUCUUCAGAAAUACAAAACUGAACUGAGCAUAAUGGAGACAUCUUUCAUGAUAGACUAUCAGACAGUGUACCCUGAAAUGAAUCAAGAAGAAAGAGAAGAACUUGAGGAAUUGGAGUAUCUGUGGGCUGAGGUCAGAGGUCAAGUGGUGGAGAUGGAGCAGCUGCUCUUGGCCCGAGUGAAGUCAGUACAUUCUGGCAAUGAUUUCCAUUCUCUCAUGUCUAGCAUGGGAAUCAUCAACAGGAUGAUUGAACUAAUCAAGGAACAAAUGUACCUACAACAAGUGGCCAGUGCCAGGACCAAGGACAUCAGAGAAGAAGAUUUAGAUGACAUGGACGGUCAUUUCCAUGAUGAGUUGCUGAUAGAUGAGCGACAAAAAAUGUUCAAUGAAGUGAAUCAUAGAAGAUCAUCAGCCAGGAAUACUCAUAGCUCUUCCCUUUCCAACAUUCCGGCAGAUCUGAAUUUAAGCCUAGAGCAGAUCAAGUCUUCCUUACUUUCUCAAGUUCAGUUGGAAAUCAAAGAAAGCACUAAAAGGCUGGAACUAGACCUAAAGGAGAAAGAUAAAGAAAUUCAGGAGCUGAAGGAGAGACUAUCCCAAUCAUCAGAGACUCCAUUCAAACCAGUCAGGAGAUGGACUCCAAAGUCUGCCAGGUCAAAGAGCUUCACUGCCAACUCUAGCCAGUCUAGCUUUGGUUCAAAAAGUUUAUCAAGCACACCUCUGUCAUCCAGCCUGUCCAGGAAGAAAUCACGGCUAGUGGGGAAUAGUGUAGUGCAAGAGACAGAUGUAUGAUGACCUUUGUUUUGUCUUGUUUUUAGAUUUAUUUUAUUUUAGUAAUUCAUUUUGUUCACAUCAUUCCCAUUAUGAUUUCACAAUAGCAUGGCAUUCUUCACCCCUAAGUUGUUGUGUUUUUUCUUACUAUUUGAAGCUGAUGGAAUUGAUUCUGCCAGCAUUAAUAGACAUUCCAAAUUUUAAAUCCUGGCCAGAUAGAUUUAAUGAUGAUUGAAACAAAACCAAUAUCUUAGAGCUGAAACAAACCAAGACCUUAGGAGUUCUUUUCUUCUUGUUAUGCAUUCUACUUUAUUUAAUCAGAUACUGAAAACAAAAAAAAACUUUUUUUUUACAAUACCUCUAUACAACUUCUAAUUUUAUGGAAACCUUCUUGGUGGGCAAAACCUGGAUAUGGAUCUUGAAAACAGCUCUAAUAACUUUCCUAGAAAUGUGACUGUUUUAGUAUAUUGUUUGGAAAAGAAGUGACUAAUUUGUUGGACACACUGGGAAAACUCAAAUUUUACCAAUAUAUUUUUCAAAGUAAAAAAAAAAUUUAUCUGGUUAGAGAACUAGAAAAUAUUUAUCAUGAACGGACUAUAUGUCUGCAGUAUUUCCGCAUGUAGAGUUUGAAGAAUUUUAUAAAUUAAUUUUCAGGCAAAUUUUGCGCAUUGGAAUGUUAGAAAUUUAAGUCAUGUAGAUCUAUACAUUAGCAUAACCAGGAUUCUUUCUCAGGGCUAAUGGGGUGGGGUAAAAAAGGUUCCAUUUGUUUUUUAAUCUAACACUCAUUAGUAAAACGAAAAACAAUCACUCUAUAAGUUGCAUAACAGAGGGAUUAUCUUGUUUAAAAAAAAUUUUUAUGAUUACAGGUUGAAGAAGAAUUUUAUUAUUUUUUUUGAAAGAAUUUUUAAAUAAUAUUGAAAAAAAAAAAAAGAUUUAUAAGGAUGGUAAUAUGGUUGAGCUCCUGUGUUAUGGACUAGGACAUUAUCUGGCCAGCUCAAAGACCAACAGCUUUCCAGUCCAGAAAUACUUUUGGCUCAUUUUGGAUUUACAAUCUACAUUUUAUUCAGUUUUUUUUUUUU